AUGUCAGCGCCGCCACUACACGUAACUGCCAGCAGCUUCUUUCGCUUUGAAUGCGAUCAUGAACAACUUUUUCAGUCCGAGUAUAAGCGGAGCAAUCGUACAAAGGGUUUAAAGAUCCUACGUUGUUUUCCACACUGUUGUCCAGAGCAUAUUGAACGAAGUUAUUGUGGUUCUUCAUUAAGUGUAAGUAUUCGACUAGCGGAACGACCGAUUGGAGCUACAUCUCCAGGGUCUAUGCCUAAUGAAGUUUUAGCAGUAUUUGCACGCUUUGAAGCCGUUAGUGAUAAGAGUCUCCACAUUGGAGAGUGUGUUGAAAUGGAUAAAAUUCAACGUAGUGUUCAAACUGAUACCAAUUUGGAUGGUCAGUGGAUUGCUGGAGUACCAGAUCGUCCAUCAGCACUAGUGGUCCCAAUCAAAGGGUCCGAUUCUGAAGCUCUGAAUCACAAACCUUUAAUCUUUCACUUAAAUAACAAAGCUUUUCCAAGAUGGUAUUAUGACUGGGAAAGUGGUGCGAACAAGGCGCAAAGACUAAUGAAACAUCAAUUUAAAGCGUAUGUGAUGGAGCGCGUUGAUGUCGACACGAUCGACAGAUAUACGACAUUUACAAAUCAAGAAACCCGAACGCAGUUGUACAGAGUGCUACACAUUGUGUCAUCAACUGAGUUCACAGUCAUUUCGUACCGGCGAGCUCCGCUUGACUUGCAAGCUGGUGAUGCAUUGCAAGCUGGCAAAGCACAUGUUUUGCAGGUUUCAAAACGAGACAAACACGAAAAUGGCAGAGAUGAAGCAGGUUCACUCAGUGGUUCAAAACCAUUGGAAAACGCACAUCCCAUUCAUCAUCCUAAUACCUACCCGCUGAUAGAUGACUUGAUUUCGGUGCCAAUUGUUCGUAAACGUGAUAAUUUUGAGUGGAAUCAAAAAUUCUAUUCGCCAAGUGAUGAUCUGCAUAGAAUUGAGGCCAAACGCCGACGUCGAACUUUGUGGACAAGGUCAAAGGACGAAGAAAAUGUGCAUCCAUUAAAAGAUCAAUUAAUUUGGGCGCAUACGAAUGGUCCUAUUGUGGCUGUUUCCAAGAAUAUCACGUUACUAUUUGCAUUUGCUAGCUGGGUACCUAUAAGACUCUAUGCUUCGUUUGUUCAGGAGCUUGUGGAUGUGAUUAAGCUAAAAAUACUUGACGAGGUAGCAAACUUUACAAAAGAUAUCAAAUCGGAUUGUUUUACUCGCUUAAUUCUUCAACACACUCACAUUGAAGACCAUUCUCGAGCUACUGGGAUUUCUAUAUCUCAUACUGAGCUUAAUGAUCUUCUUCGAGUGGCUUUUCAAACGAUUGUCUGGUUUUUUUCACACGAAACACGCCAAUGGAUGCGCGCGUUUUUCUGUUCAAACGCGUCCUUAGUUUUGGACAGGAAGGCGAUGCGUCAAUGUUUUGUCGAAUUUUUACAUGAGGUAGAAGAAACUUUAACCGUUGAGGUUCUUGCUACAUCUACUUUGUGCAAUUUAUCCAAAGUUACAGAUCAAGUGAUUGCAGCAGUGUAUUCCAAUGAAUGUUUUUAUAAUCGUAGACCACUAGUGCGCCAGAUCUUAAGUGAUCACACGUUUGCAGGUUGGAGUAUGUUUGUUGCACAGUUACGAGAUACUUUCAUUGAUACUUCAAUCUUACCUCUUUCCAUGCGAGACAAAGCUUUUCACGCAGCUUUUCCACCUCAGAGUGCAUUUGAAUGUGAUUUAAAUGGUGAAUGGCUCUUGGAUAUAGAGAAUGCAGAAUGGAAUAUCAAUGAAAUUGUUAUGAUCAAUGGUGAGAGCAGAAUGCCAGAUAUUUCACUCUCUUCAGUAAUUGAAGUGAUGUCUCAAAUUCUUCGAUUUGAACUCGCUAUUGACUUCCAAGAAAGAUCACUACGAGUUCGAGCACCACGAAGUUUGGCUGGACAUCUGAACUGUAUGCACCUUGUGCUUGAUGGCAAAGCUCGAGUUUUUCGAAUGCUUCCAGAUGGAAUGUCGUCAUGUGCGAGUGAAGGAGCUUUUGGUGAUUAUUUUGGUGAGAUGCAGGUUAAAGAAUCGAGUCAAGUAGUCAUACUUCUCGAGAUCUUUAAGUGGUCGCUCGAAGAAAGCAUUCCGUCGUAUCAUGUGCGUUCAUGUAUCGAGUUUAACCGAGAUGGUCGAUUUACCAUCAGUGGUGACAUUUUAGCGACUACAGAAGCGAGUACAUUCACAGGUGAAGAGAAUCCAUAUAUUGGAGAGAUGACUCUGUUUGCCAAACGCAAGUUAGUUGAAUAUGCUAGUACGAGACGAUUUCAUGCUACCAGUACACCAAGAGAUACUUCUCGUCGUCCGUGUGAAGAGUAUGGAAGGUUUCGUUUGUGCUAUCGCAAGCUGUAG